GUUUAAAAAAGUCUCAUUUUUUUUUUGUGUCGUUUGAUUUUUUUUUUGAGGUUAGAAUCGUGUAAAUUUUGGAGAGUGACAGAUAAAUUUAGUCAUGGAGGAAAUCGCUCAGGCUGAUGAUGUCGGACAAAUUGACCAACUAGAGUCUGAAAAUAUGGACAAUGAUGGUGGAAGAUGUUGUGCUGAUUCAGUACAUGAAAGAAUAAGAAUAACUUAUGUUUAUUGUGAUGAUUGUCAAUAUAAAAUUCCUGCUGAUUCACGUGCUAUUGGAGAACAUUUUGAUGAUAAACAUAUUGCCCAUAAAAAAUGUGUUUAUUGUUUUUCGAAAGUAUUUACAUAUAAACAGUAUCAAGUUGAUGAAGCUGGUGUUCAAACUGAAAAAGACGAUGUGGUUUAUCACGAGUGUAUAAAGACUAAGAAGAAAUAAUUUUAAAUUAUUUAUAAUGAUUAAUAAGUCAACAAAUUUCUUGGAGAAAUUUAAAAUCAUUCCAUGACAGGAGAGACUUGAUCGAAACUAAUUUACACAAUCAAAUUAUUAGCUUUUUCUUUAUCGAAUUAUUAUUAAAAAUUAGCAAAUUAUUACAUAGUAAAAGGUAGAUUAACCAAAUGAUAUAAUUAUCAACUCACAUUUAAAUAAUUUAUAAAAUGUGAUGUAAAAAAUAUAUUUAUUUAUAUUAUAUAAAUUUAUAAAAAUAUUUUUUGUACUUUAUAAAACAAUAUAUUAUUCAUGUUGUUUUUAUUUAUAUAUAUUUUUCUAUUUUAUAUAUAAAUAAAAUUAGUCAAUAUAAAUUUAUUACGAAUUAAUGAACAAUUAGACAAAUUCAUUUUGAUUUUAUUUAUUUAUUAUUUAUCUUUAAUUUCUAUUUAAACUACAAUGUUUUUUUUUUUUCAUAAUACUUGUCAACAGAAAACUUGCUAUAAUUUCUAUAAAAUUAAUAUAAAAUUAAUAAUACAAUUGGCUAAUUUAUAAUUAAUAUUUUUGAUUUAUAUUUAAUUUAUAUUUGUGCUCAAUUUUAAAAUUUAAUUAUAUACUGGACAAUAUAUCACAAAUACCUAGUGAUUAUUAAAUUUUUUUAUUUUGUAAAUAAGAUUUUAAUUUUGUUGGAUAAUCAGUCAUGACUCCAGUUGCACCAAGAUUAAAUGCUUGGCUAAAUUCUUCAUCUCUAUUUAAAACCCAAAAAUAAACCUAUAAAAAAAUAGAAAUUAUUAUACAAUUAAAUAACAAUUAAAUUAGUAAAUUUAUAAAUAAAAUUAUUACAUGAAUUCCACGAGCUUGUAAAUGAUCAAACAAACAUUUUCUAAUUAACAACAAAUUAAUAAUUUUACAAAAUAAUUUCUUCAUUAAAUAAUUGUACACUGUGUUGGUUUUUUUCCUGAAAAAUAAACACAUUAAAUUAUUACGUCUCUUUGAAUUAAAUAGAAAAUAAAAUUGAUUAAUUAAUAAUCAAUUUACCUGAGAUAAAUUGAUGGUAAAAAAAUUUCCAAAUGAGUUUCUUUUAGUGGAACAAAUGGCAAUAAUCCAGAGUACAUUAAAAAAACAAGUAUUGCAACUCUUUUCAUAGAAAAUAAAAGAUGAACAUCUGGAUUCUGUAAUUAAAAAAUUAAAAUUAUUCAUUAAUAAUUGAAAAAUAAAUAUUUAUAAUAAUGU